GCCAACAUUUACAAAUUGUCAGUGGCGAGCCAGACCUGUCAACGAGUUAUGAGCGUGGAGCGUAUAUUCGAUGAGUUUGGACACUUCAAAAGGUUCCAGGCAUGUCUGUACUUUGCUGCUGUCUUCCAGGCCAUAGCCUGUGGAAUCCACUACCUGGCCUCCGUGUUCCUCGUAGAGAGGCCAAACUUUGUCUGUGCUCCGCCAGGUAACAUCACUGACGUCCUGUAUGGGAACCACACUGGUGCUUCCCUGGAGGAGGUGCUACCAUUCUUCAAACCGGCGAACGGGCCCAUGGUCGUCCGAACGGCUGUGGGCCAACAGUGGGAGCUUAGCACCUGCCAGCGCACUCAGCGGAUGAACCCCACAGACUUUACCUACGAGCAGGUCGUCAAUAGGACAACGGAAAAGUGUGACGGGAACUACCAUUACGUGUACGACCACAGUGAGGUGUAUCAGAGCAUCGUGACAGACUGGGACCUGGUAUGUGACAGGGAAUGGCUGGCAAAGCUGUGUCAGCCCACGUUUAUGAUGGGGGUGCUGGUCGGAGCACUGGUGUUCGGGGACAUCGCUGAUAGGGUUGGCAGACGGAGGAUCCUAAUGAUCACCAGCCUCUGCCAGUUUGUGUUUGGUGUAAGUGUGGCAUUCAUGGGAAACUACUACCUAUUUAUGGUCAUCCGCUUCCUGCUCGCCAUGGUGUCCAGCGGCUACCUUGUGGUGGUGUUUGUGUACGUGACCGAGUUCACCGGCAACAAGGUACGCACGUGGACCUCCAUGCACGUGCACGCCGCCUUCGCCGCAGGCGUCAUGAUGGUGGCGAUCACGGGCUACCUAGUGCGUACCUGGUGGAUCUACCAGAUCAUCCUCUCCACCUGCACCUCGCCCUUUCUCUUCUUCUGCUGGAAGUUUCCAGAGACACCCUUCUACCUGAUGGCUAAGGGGAGGCUCCAGGAGACCCAGGUCCUGUUGGAUUCCAUAGCCCGCUUCAACGGCCUGGAGCCUGGCCGCCUGAGGGCCGAGGACCUCCUGGAACCCAAGGAGGCUCUGCUGGAAAAGGAGGUGGUACCGGGAAGAGCCCAGCCAGCGGAGCCCGAAAGAAAGCUGAGCAUCCUGGACCUGUUUGGGACAUGGAGGAUGACCUGGAGGACAGUGACAGUGUGGGCAGUGUGGUUCAUUGGCAGUCUGGGCUACUACGUCUUCUCCCUGGGCUCCGUCAACCUGGGUGGCAACCAAUACAUCAACCUCUUCCUGGCUGGUGCAGUGGAGUUCCCUUCCUACCUGAUUGGCUGUUAUGCGAUGGACCGGGUGGGCAGGAAGAGGACAUGUGCCCCAGCUCUGCUGCUGGCUGGAACGGCCUGCAUGCUCAUCAUUGUGGUGCCAAAUGACAUUGAGGUGUUAGUCAUCAUCCUCAGUAUGACAGGGAAGUUUGCCAUUGCCAUAGCCUUUGGUCUCAUCUACCUCUACACCUGUGAGCUCUACCCAACUAUCAUCAGGUCCCUGGCGGUGGGCAGUGGCAGUAUGAUGUGUCGUGUGGGCAGCAUCGUGGCUCCUUUCUGUGUCUACCUAGCUGACAUCUGGCAAUACCUACCACAGCUGAUUGUGGGGAUCCUGGCGUUUAUAAUAGGUGUUCUGACCCUGUUGUUACCAGAGACCCUGGGUGAGCCCUUGACCAGCACCAUGGAGGAGGCUGAGGCUCUAGGCAGGAAGAGUAUCCCUGAUCAGGGAAAGAAAGACCCUGAGGAGGGGGUGGAGAUGAACUAGAUCCAGAGCAACUAGUUGGACGGCAAGCCCUGAGGGAUACACCUCACCACCAACCAGAGAGGAGGUGGCCAGGGAUAGAGAGGGGGUAGGAAGUGGAGGAGAGAGAGAAGGAGAGAGACUACUGGAAGCGAUGCAAAGAAACCAACAAAACAAACAACCGCAAAAACAAACAACAUCGAAUUUGGAACCUUCGUAGAACUUUUUGUAAUAAAGUUUUUUUUUUUUUUACAUUUGUUCUGCAAAGUGGCCAAUUUCAGAGCUGGUAUGCUCUGGUUGAGCCAACCAACCGCAGCCAACCUCUGAGUUCCUUGGCUGCAGCUGUUCAGACAGAGACAGAGGGAAGCGAAGUGAAGGCCCUUUAUUCGCAUCUCAGUCUCCUGAUGAGAGCCACAUGAAACUGAGCCUCAUGUUCGACAUUCACGUCACGUGUGCCUUCCAAUCACAGCCACUAAUGAAUGUGUGCGAGAGAUUGAGAGUGAGAAAGAAAGAGUGUGCAGGUUCUAUGAAGGAAGUGUGCGUGUGUGCAUGCCCGUGUGUGUGCGUGUGAAAUUUGACGUUUCACUGACUGAGACUGUGAUUUAGUUACCUCUAUUCAGCCCGAUGAUCAUCUAGUGCAGCUGAUUUUGGCUAUGUGUUACUAACAAUGCUAUUGUUACGUCAUUUAAAGUGUACUUUGUUUAUCUGAAGUCCACACACACACACACACACACACACACACACACACACACACACACACACACACACACACACACACACACACACACACACACACACACACACACACACACACACACACACACACACACACACACACACACACACACACAGAGAAAAGUGCAUAGUGUAUGUGUUUUCUAUAAGUACUUUAUACUGAAUCUAUCUCAGGGCAUCCACCAUAAGAUCUCACUGUGAUAAUAUACAGUGUAUUUGGAAACUAGACUCCUUCUCCUUUUCCACAUUUUGUGACGUUACAGCCUUAUUCUGGGCGGCAGGGUAGCCUAGUGGUUAGAGUGUUGGACUAGUGAAGGUUACAAGUUCAAAUCCCCAAGCUGACAAGGUACAAAUCUGUCGUUCUGCCCCCGAACAGGCAGUUAACCCACUGUUCCUAGGCCGUCAUUGAAAAUAAGAAUUUGUUCUUAACUGACUUGCCUAGUUAAAUAAAGGUAAAAUAAAUAAAAUUCUAAAAUGGAUUAAAUAAAAUAAAAAUCCUUAUCAAUCUACACACAAUGCUCCAUAAUAACAAAGCAAAACAGGUUUUCAGAUUUUUUUUGCAAAAAAAGGAACUUUAUUUACAUAAGUAUUCAGACCCUUCGUUAUGAGACUCGAAAUUGAGCUCAGGUGCCUCCUGUUUCCAUUGAUCAUUCUUGAGAUGUUUCUACAGCUUGAUUGGAGUCCAUCUGUGGUAAAUUCAACGCAAGCCACUCCUCAGUAAAAGGCACAUGACAGCCUGCUUGGAGUUUGCAAAAAUACACAUAAAGAACUAUGAGAAACAGGAUUCUCUGGUUUGAUGAAACCAAAAUGGAACUCUUUGCCCUGAAUGCUAACCGUCACGUCUGGAGGAAACCUGGCACCAUCCAUACGGUGAAACAUGAUGGUGGCAGCAUCAUGCUGUGGGGCUGUUUUCAGCUGCAGGGACUGGGAGUCUAGUCAGGAUUGAGUCAAAGAUUAACAGAGCAAAUUACAGAGACAUCCUUGAUGAAACAUCCCUGCUCCAGAGCGCUCACUACCUCAGACUGGGGUGAAAGUUCACCUUCCAACAGGACAACCUGAUUGAACAUCUCUGGAGAGACCUGAAAGUAGCUGACGCUUACCAUCCAACCUGACAGAGCUUGAGAGUAUAUGCAGAGAAGAAUGGGAGAAACUCCCCAAAUAUAGGUGUGCCAAGCUUGUAGCUUAAUUCCCAAAAAGACUUGAUGCUGUAAUUGCUGCCAACAGUGCUUCAACAAAGUACUGUGUAGAGAGUCUGAAUACUUAUGUAAAUGUUAAAUUGCAGUUUUUAUUCGUAAUACAUUUGCAAACAUUUCUAAAAAACUGCUUUUGCUUUGUCAUUAUGGGGUAUUGUGUGUAGAUAAGGGAAAAUAACAAUUUAAUCCAUUUUUAGAAUAAGGCUGUAAUGUAACAAAAUGUGUAAAUAGUCAAGGGGUCUGAGUACUUCCCAAAUGCACUGUAGCUGUAGUUUUUUCUCUCUAGAUCUCUGUGAUGUUUAAAAAAAAUCCAUGUAAUUUACGAUGCCUUUGAUAAUACCCUUCACUUACUCCGUGUAUGCAAACUAGCUCUCACAGUCUCACAUCAGAAUUAGACUUUCAUCCAUGUUCCUCAAAUGUCAAAUUUUGAAGUUGUUCCAAACUUUACAUUUCUAAGUGCUAAAGGUUAGGUUUAGUCAUUAACUCCACAUUUUUAAGGUUAGGGUUAAGUUUAAGCAUUAACUCAGAAAUCUUAAGGUUAGGUAUUAACUCCUAAUGGUUAAGGUAAGCGUUAAGGUUUGGGAUAGGCUUAAAACAAAAAUCUCAACAAUGACUUUCUAUUGCUAGAUUCAAACACGCAACCUUAUGCACCAGAGGCAGAUGUGUACUCCCAGCCACCAUCUCCAUCUGAAACCAACUUGAAGGUAACAGCCCUCACUGUUGCCCCUAGUGGACGGUUCCCAUGUCAUCGCCCGAUGUCCCGACGUGUGCACAUGCGCGCUUGCGCCUGUGUUUGUUUUUGCGUGUUCUGAUGCAAUGGACUACCUUAAAGAAGUGAGUGUGUAUGGGUGUGCAUGAAUAUAAAUGAAGUAAGCCACAUUCUAGUCUCCCAUCCAGAAAUGGAUCAAGUAGACUUCUUUCUCUGUGUUGGGAGCAUAGUUGCUGGAUGAAAAGAUAGAAGAAAGACUGCUGUAUUUAAAAAAAGAAAGAA